AUGUGGCCCUUCUCAUCGUCGUACCCAACGGUCAAGCCUUCCGGAUGCCGGGAUCAAACUGGGAGACGUGGUACAGCAGGAUGCUGCCUUGCCUCUCGCCUCAGCGAAGACCCUAAUGUCACUGUACUCCUCAUUGAACGCGGGUGCGUGGCCGAUACGUGGGUCAAUGCUGUAUCCCUCAUUUCUUCCGACAUCUUCAAGAAAGAUUCCAUAGCCCGGCCCUUGAAUUCUCUCCCACAGGCGCAUGCGGACCACCGCGUUAUUCCUCUGAUGCGCGGCCAGGCGUCAGGGAGGAUAUCGCGCGUAAACGCCAUGAUUUACACGCGUGGUGUUCCGGCUGAUUUCAAUCGUUGGGCAGACAUGAGCCAUUCGGAUUGGAGUUAUGAGAAGGUGCUACCGUUUUUCGUCAAGUCGGAAACAACUCUGAGCCACCCUGGGUCGACAUUUCGGGGCAAGAAUGGUCCGUGGGUGAACCAGGUCUUUUCUCAUGAAAGUUGGCCUAUUCUUCCACACUGUGCGCAAAUCGACAUAGCUAUAGACCGAAACAUGAAGCGCCGCUCGACGUACUCAGUUUUUCUGCCACCGUCUGUAGUUCGCUCUCGCCAGGAUCGUCUCAAGAUUUGCCCGGACACCAUUUCAGAGCGGAUAGUUUUUACUACGAAUACUAGCAUGCGACCACGUUCUUCUGGCGUUGAAUUUGGACAUCGUGACGGAACAGGGGCGUCCUACUUCGCCAAGGCUAACAGGAAGAUUGUUGUAUGUUGUGGCGCCAUCGAGUCCCCACAGCUUCUCCUGAGUGGCAUCGGACCAAGUGAUCAUCUCAAAGCUCAUGGAAUCAAAGUCAUUGUAGAUAACCCCGGCGUGGGUAGUCAUCUGAAAGACUAUGUCGACGUGCCUGUGAUGUGGAACAUCCCUCUUAAUGAAUCCAUUCACGUCGUUUUAGAGAAACCCCUGCAAGCAGUCUUUGAACUUGCCAAAUACCUCAUUUCAGGGAAGGGUAUAUUUAGCGAUCUCUUCGUGCAUCUGGCCAUCUUCCUACCAUCAAGGCUCCUGAACGAAAACACGAAAAUUGUUGCUCCCGAUAUCACCGACCUUGAUUCGACGUUGCCACAGAACGGGUCAGACCUCGAGAUUAAGCCUAUGCCUAUCCAUGGCUUGGACCCUCCUCCCGACGCCACGAUAAUUCGUAUCAAAGAAGGCUUCAUGAACUUCAUGAUAUGCCUUCUCCGACUGAGAUCCACUGGUGCCGUUCACCUAAACUCUCCCGAUCCAUACGAGAGAGUGAGCUGCGAUCUCAGGAUGCUGUCUGAUCCCGAGGACCUUGCAGCCUUGACCAAAGGCGUGCGGCUCUCCAUUAACUUGGCCGAACGCGUUCGUGCACAGGGGUAUCCCAUGAAGAUGUUCCAUCGUCCAGCAUCAAAGUACGAUGCCGAAAUGCUCCUAUCUCGUUGCGGGCAAUACACGCGCUAGGAGUCUAUGCUAAGCAAGUCCAAUAUUUUACUACAAAGGUGCUCA